GGGGGGUGGGGGGGGGGGGGCGUGGGAUCAAAAGUUAGGGGAAGGUCUAGACUUCUCGGGUGUUUUUCGGAUUUUGGUUAUUCUUUUUUUAUUUCCUUUUCUUUCUCAUUUUGUCUAUGGUGUCUUUCUUUCGGCCUUGAAAGGAGUCAUUAGGGGUUUUUUUUCUUCCUUCUUUCGUUCAUAUCCUACCUGCACAUGGCUUUUUUUUUAUUUCGUUUUAUUUUAUUUUACUUGGGAGCGGGAUGGGAAAGGAGUUUGCUUUUCUGGGGGUUUUUUUACGGCUGGUUUUUUCUUUCUCUUUUGACGAGCGUGAUGCCGUUUUUUUCCUUCUUUACUUCUUGUAUAAUUUUGCUUUUUUGGAAGGCUUCCUUUUCUGUUUGGGUGUUGGGUGGUGUUGGCUGGGGGGGGGGAAGGGAAAAGGGUUGCCGUGCCAUGCCAUGGUGGGAUGGAUUGGAUGUUUUUUUUUGUUUGUUUGCUUUCAACGGGGCACACACACACAUACUUGCAUAUUUGCACACACAGCAGCGCAGGAUCAUCAUCAUCAUCAUCGUUUCUUGGAGUUGGCAACUUUCUUUGGGUUCACUGUACUCUGGUCACUGGUUACUGGUCGUUGGGAGUCUGUCUGUCUGUCUGUCUGUAUCAUGAUACUUCUUUACUCUUCUACUUCUACAAAUUCUACAUAACAUAACUUAACAAAACAAAACAAU